AAUAUCUUCCAGGCUUCCCGAAAUCAUGUCAAUAGGAUCACAUUCAUUCUCUCCAGGAGGUCCUAAUGGGAUUAUUAGAAGCCAGUCCUUUGCUGGCUUCAGCGGGCUUCAGGAGAGGCGCUCCAGGUGUAACUCCUUUAUUGAAAAUUCUUCUGCAAUCAAGAAGCCCCAAGCAAAGGUGAAGAAAAUGCAUAAUCUGGGCCAUAAGAACAGCACCACCCCUAAAGAGCCCCAGCCUAAAAGGAUGGAAGAGGUCUACCGAGCCCUGAAGAAUGGCCUGGAUGAGUAUCUGGAAGUUCACCAGACAGAGCUGGAUAAGUUGACUACUCAGUUAAAAGACAUGAAAAGAAACUCACGCCUGGGGGUCCUGUAUGAUUUAGAUAAGCAAAUCAAAGCGGUCGAAAGAUACAUGAGAAGGCUGGAGUUCCACAUUAGCAAGGUGGAUGAGCUUUAUGAAGCCUAUUGUAUCCAAAGACGUCUCUGUGAUGGCGCCAGCAAAAUGAAGCAAGCUUUUGCGAUGUCUCCUGCCAGCAAAGCAGCUCGAGAGAGUUUAACCGAAAUCAACAGGAGUUACAAGGAGUACACAGAGAACAUGUGUACCAUAGAAGCAGAGCUGGAAAACCUAUUGGGGGAGUUUUACAUCAAGAUGAAAGGUCUGGCUGGCUUUGCUCGGCUCUGCCCGGGAGAUCAAUAUGAGAUUUUCAUGCGUUAUGGUCGCCAGCGAUGGAAACUGAAAGGCAAAAUAGAAGUGAAUGGCAAGCAAAGCUGGGAUGGAGAAGAAAUGGUUUUCCUCCCUCUCAUUGUUGGACUGAUCUCCAUUAAGGUCACAGAAGUUAAAGGACUUGCUACACACAUCCUUGUGGGAAGUGUUACCUGUGAAACAAAAGACCUGUUUGCAGCACGGCCUCAGGUGGUUGCAGUAGACAUUAAUGACCUUGGCACAAUAAAGCUGAACCUUGAAAUCACCUGGUACCCCUUUGAUGUUGAAGACUUGACCCCGUCCACAGGAAAUGUGAGCAAGGCAUCUGCUCUCCAGAGGAGAAUGUCCAUGUACAGCCAAGGCACUCCAGAAACGCCAACCUUCAAGGACCACUCAUUCUUUAAAUGGCUGCAUCCCCUGCAAGACAGGCCAAAGUUGACCAUCUUAGAUGCUCUGCAAGACACUUUCUUUGACAAGCUUCGACGCAGUCGCUCUUUUAGUGACCUGCCAUCACUCAGGCUAACCCCAAAAGCAGGGCUAGAGCUAUAUUCAAAUUUGACAGAUGACGUCUUUGAAAAUGGAACAGCAACCACUGAGAAGCGGCCUCUUUCUUUCACUUUUGGCGACCUGCCUUAUGGAGAGCGUGUGCCCCCUACCAAUGCAGCAGAGUCCUCUUCUGCUCACAUCAGCUCCAGCCCAGACAUCACUGCGACCCCCACCCAGCACCGAGCUCUCAAGUCCUCCAAGAGCUCAAGCCUGGACUCCAGCAACAGUGACUCCCGCAGAGACUCUGUUGCCAAGCUGAAGGACCUGCCAUCCCAGGGAGAGGGAGUGGUGGUUGAGAACAAGGCAACCCCAAGGGCAGCUCCUGAAGUUGGCCAAAAAACCUCCGAUGCUGGGAGCGAUCAUGUCUUUAUAGAAACAAGCGUCCCGGUGUCUCUCCUGCAGGACACGGAUGAAGGUUCAGAGCUCAAGCCUGUGGAGCUGGAUACCUAUGAGGGCAACAUCACGAAGCAGCUGGUAAAAAGGCUUACAUCAGCAGAAGCACCCAUGACCCUGGAGAGGCUGCCGUGUGAGGGAUCAAUUAGUGGGGAAUCAGAGGGAUAUAAGUCUUAUCUCGAUGGAAGCAUUGAAGAAGCCUUGCAAGGGCUUCUCUUAGCUCUUGAGCCACAUAAAGAGCAGUAUAAAGAGUUUCAGGACCUGGACCAAGAAGUGAUGCAUCUGGAUGACAUCCUAAAAUGCAAGCCAGCAGUAAGCCGAAGCAGGUCCUCCAGUUUAAGUCUAACAGUUGAAAGUGCUUUAGAAAGCUUUGAUUUCCUGAACACCUCUGACUUUGAUGAUGAGGAUGGUGGUGGUGUGGAGGUUUGUAAUGGUGGAGGAGGUGCAGACUCGGUAUUUUCAGAUACUGAGAUUGAGAAGAACAGUUACAGGACAGAGCACCCCGAAGCCAGAGGCCACCUCAGCGAAGCUCUCACUGAGGACACGGGCGUGGGCACCAGCGUGGCCGGCAGCCCUCUGCCCCUCACCACGGGGAACGACAGCCUCGAUAUAACCAUAGUUAAGCACUUGCAGUAUUGCACGCAGCUCAUUCAGCAAAUUGUGUUCUCCAGUAAAACACCGUUUGUGGCAAGAGACCUCCUGGAUAAGCUGUCCAGGCAGAUCCUUGUAAUGGAGAAUAUUGCAGAGAUCAGCACUGAGAACCUGGGAAACAUCACCUCCCUUACUGAUGCAAUUCCUGAAUUCCACAAGAAGCUGUCACUGCUGGCCUUCUGGAUGAAGUGUACUGGCCCUUCAGGAGUGUAUCACACAUCGGCAGACAAGAUGAUGAAGCAGCUGGAUAUCAAUUUUGCCACCACUGUGAAUGAAGAGUGUCCAGGACUUGCAGAAACAGUCUUCAGGAUCCUGGUGUCUCAGAUCCUGGACCGGACAGAGCCCGUCCUCUACUCCAGCAUGUCCUCUGAGAUCAUUACUGUCUUUCAGUAUUACAACUAUUUUGCCAGCCACAGUGUUAAUGACCUUGGAAGCUAUCUGCUGCAGCUCGCAAAAGAAGCCUCUGUGGUUCAGGUGCUGCAGUCAGUGAAAGAUGGAAAACUCCAGCAAAAUGUGGCCAAAAUAAACUCCAAUAACCUUCCACCACAGCAAGAAGUUUUGAGAGCUUUGGCUUUACUUCUCAAUGAAAAUAAAAAUGAAGUCAGUGAGACUGUGGCAUCACUUCUGACAGCUACUGCAGAAAACAGGCACUUCAGGGAGAAGGCUUUGAUUUAUUACUGUGAAGCACUAACCCAGCCCAACCUCCAGCUGCAGAAAGCAGCUUGCUUGGCUCUAAGAUACCUCAAGGCUACUGAGAGCAUUAAAAUGCUGGUCACACUCUGCCAGUCUGACAACGAAGAGAUCAGAAAAGUGGCAUCUGAAACCCUGCUCUCACUUGGUGAAGAUGGGAGACUGGCAUACGAACAGCUAGACAAAUUUCCCCGGGAAUUUGUUAAAGUUGGAAACCGCCGUGGAACUGAAGCUGCCACAGCUUUUUAGGUGGAAAAGAACCUGCCUACAUUUAACAGUCAUUGAAGUAGAAUGGAGCUGCACUUCAGCGUGGGGAGCAGAAGGGAGACCUUGAAGAAUUCUAUGAGAAUGUCCCAAAAUGUAGCAAUUUACAGACUUUUUAAGGAAAAGCAAAAUCUAAAAUCCAGCUUAAGAGUUCCUAUUGGCUCCCCUUUGCAGCUCAUGAUGGAACAGUUGGAUAUUGAGGAGCAAUACUUUGACUGAUUCAUAACAAAUAAUGUAAUUGCAGUUAUUCAGCCUCAACAAACUUCUGUGAGUUUUUAGAAUUUGCCAUCUUCAUAUAUGUUACCAAGUAUUAUUUACUUCCUUGAAGUUGUUGUGAAAGCUUGAGACACGCAAUACUAUAUCUAACAAGGACAAGUAGGAGGCCACCUGAGCAGGACUGCAAAGAAGCUUUCUCUUCAACUGCAAGCUAAGCAUCUGCUUCCAUGCAGCGUCCCCAGCAACACUCCAGCAGCAGGGAACACCUCUCAGCCUUCUCAGUUUGGUCUCAGUAAUGAAAUAUAGAGCAAGUCUUCAAGUUUUGCCUCCAGAAACAGCAUGAUGUAAACCCUGGGAGGUGUCACUUUGGCGACUCAUUCUAAAUGCCUCCACUGGUCUUUUAUUUCCUUUCUUUUUCCCUCCAGCAACAAGCCAUCAUUAAUCCAGAAAUUUGUGAGGGGGAUCAAGCAAUCAUGUAGGUUUUCAAAUACUAAAGGAAAAGCUAGAGCACACUUAUUUAUUCCAAGAAGAAGAAGUGAAUGCAGCUAAUUGCACAAGUCCCCAAAGCCAUUUUGUCCUGUAAGUUGUAGGGAGGAUUGGAUUUUAUACACCGUAAUUAGUGGAUCAUAGCUUCUAUAGAGUGAUUUCAAUAUAAAGAACUAGAACAAAUGAAAGUGGACCUCAGAGGCAGUAAUGAAGUGAAUGCGCUCCCCCCCUCACUGCAAGGAUGAAAGCAAGUGCUUCAAGCUGUUGAUUAUGAGCCUUAAGUUAACAGAGGAGGUGAAUAGAAUUUAACAGAAGAGUGUUCCUGUACUGUGUUCAUUGUGCAUGAAAUGCUAUUUAGAUGUCAAUUAAAAGUAUGCAAAUUUGCAUAUACUACAUAGAAAAUAUUGCAAACAAUUCACAUCAAAAAGAAGCCUCAAGCACCAAACAUAUUGGCCUGCAGGGGUUUUGUUUUGGUUUGUUGGUUUUUUGUUUGGUUGUUUUUUUUUUUUUUUUUUACUGUGAAUGUUGCAACAAUGUACAUAUCUGUAUAUUUAUAAAUAUAUAUUCUUCCUUUAAUUAAAAAAGUACAUUUUGUACAGUUCAAAAUGCUUACUUGUUUACUGAGGGAUAUAGAUUCUUUUUGCAGAAGGUGAAAUAACCAUGUUAUGGUUUAUAUACCAUGCCUAUUCCAUCAUCUGAAUUCUUCCAAGGUGUCCUUUUGUACCAAGACUUUUUUUUUAAUUUUUAUUUUUUGCUUUUAGUUUUGUGGCAUUUGUACUCACCAUAUUUCCUAUCACAUUUAAGUUAUAAUAAAGAUUAUUUUUAAAUUACUAAGCACA